UUUUUUGUAGGUGAAGCUUUAUUCUAAGAAUAUUUGUUUCAUACAGUUCAUGUGUUCAAAUUAUACUCUAAAUGUUACAGAAGUGUUGAAAGAUUGCUCGGUCAUGAGCACUGACAGUAACUCUUUGGCACGUGAAUUUCUGACCGAUGUCAACCGGCUUUGCAAUGCAGUGGUCCAGAGGGUGGAGGCCACGGAGGAGGAGGAGGAGGAGACACACAUGGCGGCCCUUGGGCAGUACCUUGUCCAUGGCCGAGGAUUCCUGUUACUUACGGAGCUAAAUUCUAUCAUCGAUCAGGCACUGACAUGUAGAGAGGAGCUCCUUACUCUCCUCCUCUCACUCCUUCCGUUGGUGUGGAAGAUACCUGUUCAGGAAGAAAAGGCAACAGAUUUUAAUCUACCGUUCUCGGCUGAUAUAAUCCCAGCCAAAGGAAAGAACUCAAGUUCACAAAGAUCUACUCAGGAAAAAUUAUAUUUAGAAGAAAGUUCUCCAUCAGGUCAUGUUUCUGCAAAAGUGAAUGUUUUUCGAAAAAGCAGACGACAGCAUAAAACCACCCACCGCUAUUCUGUAAGAGAUGCAAGAAAGACACAGCUCUCUACCUCCGACUCGGAGGCCGAUUCAGACAACCGAAGGACAGCAGUGAGCAAGCACAGGCAGCCCCAUCAGCUGCAGCCUUUUGUAACACAGUCUUCUAAAGAAGACGAGCUUACAGCUCAGCCUGACCUGUCAACCAAAGAACAGACUCCUCCUGAUACCAUGGCUCUGGAAAGUUUCCAAGAGAUUACGCCAAGACAGGAGGCAAACACCGACAUUUUAAGUGAGCCAGCUGCCUUGUCUAUCAUCAGUCACAUGAACAAUUCUCCAUUUGACUUAUGUCAUGUUUUGUUAUCUUUAUUAGAGAAAGUUUGUAAGUUCGACAUUACCCUGAAUCAUAAUUCUGCUCUGGCGGCCAGUGUAGUGCCCACGCUGACUGAGUUCCUCGCAGGCUUUGGGGACUGCUGUAAUCUCAGCGACAACUUGGAGAGUCAAAUGGUUUCUGCAGGUUGGACUGAAGAACCAGUGGCCUUGAUCCAACGGAUGCUUUUUCGAACAGUGUUGCAUCUUAUGUCAGUAGAUGUUAGUACUGCAGAGAUGAUGCCAGAAAGUCUUAAAAAAAAUUUAACUGAAUUGCUUAGAGCAGCUUUAAAAAUUAGAACUUGCCUAGAAAAGCAGCCUGACCCUUUUGCACCAAGACAAAAGAAGACACUGCAGGAGGUUCGGGAGGGUUUUGUGUUUGCAAAGUAUCGCCAUCGAGCCCUUCUUUUGCCUGAGCUUCUGGAAGGAGUGCUGCAGAUCCUCAUCUGCUGUCUUCAGAGUGCAGCUGCCAACCCCUUCUUCUUCAGUCAGGCCAUGGAUUUGGUUCAGGAAUUCAUUCAGCAUCAUGGAUUUAAUUUGUUUGAAACAGCAGUUCUUCAAAUGGAGUGGCUGAUUUUAAGAGGUGGCGUUCCCGCUGAGGCCUCAGGACAUCUGAAAGCCCUAAUAAAAAGUGUGAUGGGGAUAAUGAGCACUGUCAAAAAAGUGAAGUCGGAGCAGCUUCAUCAUUCCAUGUGCACAAGGAAGAGGCACCGGCGGUGUGAAUAUUCCCACUUCAUGCAUCACCACAGAGACCUCUCAGGUCUCCUGGUUUCGGCAUUUAAAAACCAGGUUUCCAGAAACCCAUUUGAGGAGACUGCGGACGGCGCUGUUUGCUACCCAGAGCGCUGCUGCUGCCUGGCCGUGUGUGCGCACCAGUGUCUGCGCCUGCUGCAGCAGGCCUCCCUGGGCAGCACGUGCAUGCAGGUCCUGUCAGGAGUCCAGGAAGUGGGGCUGUGCUGCUGCAUGGACCCCAAGUCUGUCAUCGUCCCUUUGCUCCAUGCUUUUAAACUGCCAGCACUGAAAAACGUUCAGCAGCAUGUAUUGAAUAUCCUUAGCAGACUUAUUUUGGAUCAGCUAGGAGGUGCUGAGAUGCCACAAAAAAUUAAAAAAGCAGCUUGCAAUAUUUGUACCGUUGACUCUGAUCAGCUAGCCCAACUAGAAGAAACACUGCAGGGGACCUCACACGAUGAGGAGCCUUCCUCGGGCCUGUCCAGUCCUUACAGGUGUCAAGGGAUCCUGCCCAGCAGUGGGUCUGAGGACUUCUUGUGGAGAUGGGAUGCCUUAGAGGCGUAUCAGAAUUUUGUUUUUGAAGAGGACAGAUUACAUAGUGUGCAGAUUGCAAACCACAUUUGCAAUUUAAUGCAGAAAGGCAAUGUGGUUGUUCGGUGGAAAUUGUAUAAUUAUAUAUUUAAUCCUGUGCUCCAAAGAGGAGUUGAGCUAGCCCGUCAUUGCCAGCACCUUAGCUACACUUCACCUCAGGCUCAUGUGUGUGGCCAUCAGAGCCAGUGUUUGCCUCAGGAAGUGCUUCAGGUUUAUUUAAAAACGCUGCCUGCCCUGCUUAAAUCAAGGGUAAUAAGAGAUUUGUUUUUAAGUUGUAAUGGAGUAAAUCAUAUAAUUGAGCUAAAUUACUUAGAUGGUAUUCGAGGCCAUUCCCUAAAAGCAUUUGAAACUCUGAUAAUCAGCCUCGGGGAACAACAGAAAGAUUCGAUUCCAGGUACUGAUGGGAUAGAUGGUGAACAGAAGGAGCUGUCAUCUUUAAAUGCAGGUACCUCUUGUCACAAGCAGCAGGGGUUUGCAGAGUCUCCCCAGAGUCUCAGCAAAUUCUAUGCCAGUCUCAGAGAAGUCUACCCCAAGAAACGGAAGUCGGUCCACCAGGACGCUCACCUCAACACCAUCAACCUCUUCCUGUGUGUGGCCUUCCUGUGCGUAAGUAAAGAGGCCGACUCAGAUGGCGAGUCUGCCAACGAUUCUGAAGACACUUCGGGCUACGACAGCACGGCCAGCGAGCCCCUGCACCAUGCGCUGCCCUGUGUACCGCUCGAGAGCCUAGUCUUGCCUUCCCCCGAGCACAUGCACCAUGCAGCAGACAUUUGGACCAUGUGUCGUUGCAUCUACAUGUUGAGCCCAGCCUUCCAGAAACAGCUCUCCAGGCUGGGGGGUUUCCGGGUGUGCCAUAAGUUAAUAUUUAUGAUCAUACAGAGACUGUUCAGAGGUCAUGAAGAGGAGCAAGGAAAAAAGGAGGGAGACACAGGUGUGAAUGAGAACCAAGAUCUCAUGAGAAUGGCCCAACCCGAGAUCACUGUGAAGGAGGGUUCUUCAUCUUCGACUGUGAAAGGUGCCGCUGCACCAUCAGAACCCAGCAGGCUACAGGAGCGUGCUGACAGUUCAGGUGAAUUCGAGUCACAGCCUGUUUCAUCCACAAACGAGAAUCCCAUUCCAGCUGCUGGAGCUGCUCCUGAGGAAGCAGAGGGACUGAGGAGUCGAGGGAGUGAGACCUCUCUUCAGAGCAUUCGACUUCUGGAAGCCCUUCUGGCCAUUUGUCUUCAUAGCACCAGAGCCAGUCAGCACAGGAUGGAGUCAGAGCUACCUGAUCAGAAUUUGUCUGUCGAAAAUAUAUUGUUUGAAAUGAGGGACCAUCUUUCCCGGUCAAAGGUGGUAGAAACAGAACUGGCAAAGCCUUUGUUCGAUGCCCUGCUCCGAGUUGCACUGGGGAAUCAUUCAGCAGAUUUUGAACAUGAUGAUGCUCUGACUGAGAAGAGUCAUCAGCCUGAAGAAGAAUUGUCACCCCAACCUGGAGAGUUUUCGGAAGAAGCUGAGGAUGCUCCAUGUUGUGGUUUUAAACUUUGGGUUGGAGAAGAAGGUUAUGAAGCAGAUAGUGAAAGCAGUCCUGAGGACGGCGAAGCCCCGGAUGGGGGAGGAGACGUAAAAUCUGAAGCAGAAGGUCUCAUUGCGUCAAGCAGUCCAAAGGACUUACUUGAAAACCUCACUCAGGGGGAAAUAAUAUAUCCUGAGAUUUGCAUGCUGGAAUUGAAUUUGCUUUCUACUAGUAAAGCCAAACUUGAUGUGCUUACCCACGUAUUUGAGAGUUUUUUGAAAAUCAUCAGGCAGAAAGAAAAGAAUAUUUUUCUACUCUUGCAACAGGGAACUGUGAAAAAUCUUUUAGGAGGGUUCUUGAGUAUUUUAACACAGGCUGAUUCUGAUUUUCAAGCAUGCCAGAGAGUAUUGGUGGAUCUUUUGGUGUCUUUGAUGAGUUCAAGAACGUGUUCGGAAGAGCUAACCCUUCUUUUGAGAAUAUUUCUGGAGAAAACUCCUUGUACAGAAAUUCUUCUCCUGGGUAUUCUGAAAAUAGUUGAAAGUGACGUUGCUAUGAGCCCUUUACAGUAUGUGACCUUCCCUUUGCUGCACACUCCGAAUCUAAGCAAUGAUGUUUCAGCACCAAAGUGUCCUGGGAUUCUCAACAGUAAGGCCAUGGGAUUGUUGAGAAGGGCACGUGUUUCAUGGAGCAGGAAAGAGGCCGACAGUGACAGCUUUCCCCAGCAGCUGCUCUCCUCCUGGCACAUCGCUCCGGUGCACCUGCCACUACCGGGGCAGAACUGCUGGCCGCACCUGUCAGAAGGGUUCAGCGUUUCCCUGUGGUUUAAUGUGGAGUGUGUUCAUGAAGCUGAGAGCUCUACAGAGAAACGAAAGAAGAUCAGGAAAGGAAAGAGGUCAUUAAUUUUACGGGAUAGUAGUUUUGAUGGAACAGAGAGCGACAGGCCAGAAGGUGCAGAGUACAUGAAUCCUGGUGAAAGACUCAUAGAAGGAGGCUGUAUUCACAUGAUUUCAUUGGGAUCCAAAGCGUUGAUGAUCCAAGUGUGGGCAGAUCCCCACACUGGCACGUUCAUCUUCCGUGUGUGCGUGGAUUCAAAUGAUGAUGCAAAAGCUGUUUUACUAGCUCAGGCGGAAUCAUUGGAGAAUGUUUUCCUCCCAAGCAAAUGGCAACAUUUAGUACUCACCUACCUACAGCAGCCCCAGGGGAAAAAGAAUAUGCAUGGGGAAAUCUCCAUAUGGGUCUCUGGACAGAGGAAACCUGAUGUUACUUUGGAUUUUAUGAUUCCAAGAAAAACAAGUUUGUCAUCUGAUAGCAAUAAAACAUUUUGCAUGAUCGGCCAUUGUUUAUCAUCCCAAGAAGAGUUUUUGCAGUUGGCUGGAAAAUGGGACCUGGGAAAUUUACUGCUCUUCAAUGGAGCUAAGAUUGGUUCACAAGAGGCCUUUUAUCUAUAUGCGUGUGGACCCAACCAUACAUCUAUAAUGCCGUGUAAAUACGGCCAGCCUGUGAAUGACUACUCCAAAUAUAUUAAUAAAGACAUUUUGCAGUGUGAACAAAUCAGAGAACUUUUUAUGACCAAGAAAGAUGUGGACAUUGGUCUCUUAAUUGAAAGCCUUUCUGUUGUUUAUACAACGUGCUGUCCUGCUCAGUACACCAUCUAUGAGCCGGUUAUUAGACUUAAAGGUCAAGUGAAGGCCCAGCUCUCUCAGAGACCCUUCAGCUCAAAAGAUGUGCAGAGCAUCUCAUUGGAAUUUCAUCAUCUAAAGAAUCUCCAGCCUACUGAAUGUAAAACUAUCCAAGGCAUUCUGCACGAGAUCGGGGGAACUGGGAUAUUCGUUUUUCUCUUUGCUAGGGUUGUGGAACUCAGUGAUUGUGAAGAAACUCAAGCAUUAGCACUGAGAGUUAUACUGUCAUUAAUUAAAUACAACCAGCAGAGAAUACAUGAGUUAGGAAAUUGUGAUGGGCUUUCCAUGAUUCAUCAGGUGUUGAUCAAGCAGAAAUGCGCUGUUGGCUUUCAUAUGUUGAAGACCCUUCUCGAAGGUUGCUGUGGUGAAGAUAUCCUUCAGAACAACGAGAAUGGAGAGUUUAAGGUAGAUGUGGAGUCUAAAGCCAUAAUCCAAGAUGUUAAACUGCUCGAGGAGCUAUUGCUUGACUGGAAGAUAUGGAACAAAGCAGAGCCAGGUGUUUGGGAAACUCUGCUAGCGGCUCUGGAAGUGCUCAUCCGAGCAGACCAUCUCCAGCAGAUGUUCAACAUUAAGCAGUUACUGAAAGCGCGAGUCGUUCAUCACUUUCUACUGACUUGUCAGGUUUUGCAGGAACACAAGGAGGGGCAGCUUACAUCCAUGUCCCGAGAGGUCUGCAGAUCAUUUGUGAAAAUCAUAGCAGAAGUCCUUGGAUCUCCUCCAGAUUUGGAAUUAUUGACAAUUAUCUUCAAUUUCCUGUUAGCAGUUCACCCUCCUACUAAUACUUACGUUUGCCACAACCCCACAAACUUCUACUUUUCUUUGCACAUAGAUGGCAAGAUCUUCCGGGAGAAGGUGGAGUCGAUCGUGCACCUGCGGCGCUCCAGCAGCGCAGGAAGGGCUGCCCCCAGGCCCGCGCUGAGGGCAGCUGGCCAGUCGGGCUUCGCUGCUGCGCCUGAAGGAAACAGUUCCUCCAGUGGCCUUCCACCGCAGACAGCUGCUGGCCUGCGGCGCUCCAGAAGCCUGCCGGCACUUCCUACCUCUUUAAUGCCACCUCGAAAACUGACGGGCAGUUCGGACUGUGGCAUUGACAAGGUACAGGGUACGGUGGAUCAUUGCGUUGCACCCCAGCCUGAGGAAUGGAGUCCUCCGGGCAGUUCAGAGUCACUGAAAAAAGGCGAAGAAGAUGCAGUCAUCAGCAGCUGUGAGUCUGCAAAAGCAGUUUGUGAAAUGGAACCUGUCCUCUCAGGACAAGCCUCCAUCAGUGGGGGCCCCAGAGGAACACUGGAGUUUCCAGUGGUCAAAGUAGAUCAGAAAGAGUUGGAAGCAGAACCCAGUGCAGAUGGCGACAGCCCUGGGGACGAGUCCUGCCCACGCCGCCCUGAUUACCUGAAGGGACUGGCCUCAUUCCAGCGCAGCCACAGCACCAUCGCAAGCCUGGGGCUGGCGUUUCCUUCCCAGAACGGAGCAGCAGUGGUGCGCCGCUGGCCAAGUCUUGUUGACAGGAACACCGAGGAAUGGGAAACCUUUGCCUGUUCUCCUCGGUAUGAGCCCUACAGCCGAAUUGCCACUGCUCACAGGGUUGCUGAAGACUGCCUGGUUCCCAUAUGCUGCGGGUUAUAUGAGCUCCUCAGUGGCGUCCUCCUCAUCCUGCCUGACGCUAUGCUUGACGAUGUGAUGGACAAGCUUAUUCAGGCCGAGGUGCUGCUGGUCCUGGUGAACCACCCCUCGCCUGCGAUACAGCAGGGGGUCAUUAAGCUUUUAGAUGCAUAUUUUAAUAGAGCAUCUAAGGAACAAAAAGAUAAAUUUCUGAAGAAUCGUGGCUUUUCCUUGCUAGCCAACCAGUUGUAUCUUCACCAGGGAACUCAGGAGGUGUUAGAAUGCUUCAUAGAAAUGUUCUUUGGUCGACAUAUUGGCCCUGAUGAAGAAUUUGAUCAGGAAGAUGUGAAAAACAUGGGACUUUUUCAGAAGUGGGCUGUCAUUCCCAUCCUGGGACUAGUAGAGACCUCUCUGUAUGACAACACGCUCUUGCAUAAUACUCUCCUACUUCUCCUCCAAAUACUAAAUUGUUGUUCGAAGGUAGCAGAUAUGUUGUUGGAUAAUGGCCUUCUCUACGUGCUGUGUAAUACAGUAGCAGCCCUGAACGGAUUAGAAAACAACAUUCCUUCGCAUGAAUACCGAUUGCUCGCUUGUGACAUACAGCAGAUUCUCAUAGCCGUUACAAUUCAUGCCUGCAGCUCCUCGGGCUCACAGUAUUUUAGAGUUAUCGAAGACCUUAUUGUACUGCUUGGAUAUCUUCAAAACAGCAAAAACAAGAGGACACAAAGCAUGGCUGCUGCCCUGCAGCUCAGAGUUCUCCAGGCUGCCAUGGAGUUCAUCAGGACCACCACACACCAUGGCUCUGAGAGCCUCCCAGACCCCUCCCCGCCCCCUUCUGCUCCCCAUCACCCACUGUUCCCGAAGCGAAGGAGCAUUGCUGGUCCUCGGAAGUGCCCCGUGGCUCACACUGACUCCCUCCUGAUGAGGAUGCGCUCGGUGGCCAGUGACGAGCUUCACGUGAUGAUGCAGCGGAGGAUGAGCCAGGAGAGCCCCGCCCAGGCGAGCGAGGCGGAGCUUGCGCAGCGGCUGCAGAGGCUCACCAUUCUGGCCGUCAACAGGAUUAUCUACCAAGAGUUUAAUCGAGACAUUGUUGACAUUUUAAGAACUCCAGAAAAUGCCACUCAAAGCAAGACCUCAGUUUCCCAGGCUGAAAUUUCUGAAGAAAAUAUUCAUCAUGAACAGAUUCCCGUUUUCAAUCCACUUCAGAAAGAAAUAUUCACAUACCUGGUAGAAGCAUUCAAAGUAUCUAUUGGUUCAAAUAAAACCAGUGGUUCCAAGCAGCAGUGGAUGAAGAUUGUAUGGUCUUGUAAGGAAACCUUCCGAAUGCAGUUGGGGAGACUGCUUACGCAUAUCUUGUCACCAGCCCACCCUUCACAAGAGAGAAAGCAAAUUUUUGAAAUAGUUCAUGAACCAAAUCAUCAGGAAAUACUACGAGACUGUCUUAGUCCAUACUUGCAACAUGGAGCCAAGUUAGUUUUGUAUUUGUCAGAGCUGAUACAUAAUCACCAAGAUGAAUUGACUCAGGAAGAACUAGACACAGCAGAACUGCUUAUGAAUGCCUUAAAGUUGUGUGGCCACAAGUGCAUCCCUCCCAGUGCAGCCACAAAGGCAGAGCUUCUUCAAAUGAUCAAAGAGGAACAAAAGAAAUACGAGACUGAAGAAGAUGCGAAUAAAGCCACCUGGCAAAAAACAGUUAAAAACAACCAGCAAAGUCUCUUUCAGCGUCUUGACUCAAAAUCAAAGGAUAUAUCUAAAAUAGCAGCAGAUAUCACCCAGGCAGUGUCUCUCUCCCAAGGAAUUGAGAGGAAAAAGGUGAUCCAGCACAUCAGAGGGAUGUACAAAGUUGACCUGAGCGCCAGCCGACACUGGCAGGAGCUUAGUCAACAGCUGACCCAUGAUAGAGCAGUCUGGUAUGACCCCAUGUACUACCCAACUUCCUGGCAGCUGGACCCAACAGAAGGGCCCAAUCGAGAGAGGAGGCGUUUACAGAGAUGUUACUUAACUAUUCCAAACAAGUACCUCCUUAGGGAUAGACAGAAACCAGAAGAUGUGGUUAGACCACCACUCUCUUACCUCUUUGAAGACAAAACUCACUCUUCUUUCUCCUCUACUGUAAAAGACAAAGCUGCAAGUGAGUCGAUAAGAGUGAACCGCAGAUGCAUCAGCGUCGCCCCGUCUAGAGAGACGGCUGGUGAGUUGUUAUUAGGGAAAUGCGGGAUGUAUUUUGUGGAAGAUAAUGCUUCUGAUGCAGUUGAAAGCUCGAGCCUCCAGGGAGAAUUGGAACCAGCAUCAUUUUCCUGGACGUACGAAGAAAUCAAAGAAGUUCACAAGCGCUGGUGGCAGUUGAGAGACAACGCUGUGGAAAUCUUCUUAACCAAUGGCAGGACACUGCUGUUAGCAUUUGAUAACACCAAGGUUCGCGAUGACGUGUACCUCAGUAUACUGAACAAUGACCUCCCUAACCUCCUGGAAUACGGCAACAUUACCGCUCUGACAAACUUAUGGUACACUGGGCAGAUUACUAAUUUUGAAUAUCUGACGCACUUAAACAAACAUGCCGGCCGAUCCUUCAAUGAUCUCAUGCAGUAUCCAGUGUUCCCGUUCAUACUGGCUGACUACGUUAGUGAGACCCUCGACCUCGGUGAUCCUUCCAUCUACAGAAAUCUCUCCAAGCCCAUAGCUGUGCAGUAUAAAGAGAAGGAAGAUCGUUACGUGGACACGUACAGGUACCUGGAGGAAGAGUAUCGCAAAGGGGCCCGAGAGGACGACCCGCUGCCCCCCGUGCAGCCCUACCACUACGGCUCCCACUACUCCAACAGUGGCACAGUGCUGCACUUCCUGGUCAGGAUGCCGCCCUUCACCAGGAUGUUCCUGGCCUACCAAGAUCAGAGUUUUGACAUUCCAGACAGAACCUUUCAUUCCAUGAACACAACCUGGCGUCUCUCAUCUUUUGAGUCCAUGACUGAUGUGAAAGAACUUAUCCCAGAGUUUUUCUAUCUUCCGGAGUUCUUAGUUAACCGAGAAGGUUUUGAUUUCGGUGUGCGUCAGAGUGGAGAACGGGUUAACCACGUCGGCCUCCCGCCCUGGGCCCGUAACGACCCUCGCCUCUUCACCCUCCUCCACCGGCAGGCCCUGGAGUCUGACCACGUGUCCCAGAGUAUCUGUCACUGGAUUGACUUGGUGCUCGGAUAUAAGCAGAAAGGGAAGGCUGCCGUCCACGCCACCAACGUUUUCCACCCUGCCACAUAUUUUGGAAUGGAUGUCUCUGCAGUUGAAGAUCCAGUUCAGAGGCGAGCUCUGGAAACCAUGAUCAAAACCUAUGGCCAAACCCCUCGGCAGCUGUUCCAGUCAGCCCACGUGAGCAGGCCUGUGUCCAAGCUCAGCAUCGAAGGGGAGCUUCCUGCGGCUGUGGGGCUCUUAGUGCAGUUUGCUUUCAGGGAAACCCGGGAGCCGGUCAAAGAAGUUACCUACCCGAGCCCUUUGUCAUGGAUAAAAGGCUUGAAGUGGGGAGAGUACGUGGGCUCCCCCAGUGCCGCCGUACCUGUGGUCUGCUUCAGCCAGCCCCAUGGAGAAAGACUGGCCUCCCUCCAGGCUCUGCCCACCAGAGCAAUCUGUGGCUUAUCCCGAAAUUUCUGUCUUCUGAUGACGUACAGCAAAGAACAAGGUGUGAGAAGCAUGAACAGCACGGACAUCCAGUGGUCGGCCAUCCUGAGCUGGGGGUACGCCGACAACAUUUUACGGUUGAAGAGUAAACAGAGCGAGCCUCCAAUAAACUUUAUACAAAGCUCACAACAGUAUCAGGUGACCAGUUGUGCAUGGGUGCCUGACAGCUGCCAGCUGUUCACCGGGAGCCGGUGCGGAGUCAUCACAGCCUAUGCCAACAGGAUGACAGGCAGCACGCCUUCAGAGAUAGAGAUGGAGUCUCAGGUACAUCUCUAUGGGCACACGGAGGAGGUUACCAGCUUGUUUGUCUGCAAACCAUACAGUAUCCUGAUAAGUGUGAGCAGAGACGGGACCUGCAUCAUCUGGGACUUAAACAGGUUGUGCUACGUACAGACUCUGGCAGGACACAAAAGCCCUGUCACAGCCGUCUCUGCCAGUGAAACCACAGGUGACAUUGCCACCGUGUGUGAUUCAGCUGGCGGAGGCAGUGACCUCAGACUCUGGACCGUGAACGGGGACCUCGUGGGACACGUGCACUGCAGGGAGAUCAUUUGCUCCGUGGCUUUCUCCAACCAGCCUGAGGGUGUGUCCAUCAACGUGAUUGCUGGGGGACUCGAAAAUGGAAUCGUGAGGUUAUGGAGCACGUGGGACCUAAAGCCUGUACGGGAAAUUACGUUUCCUAAAUCAAACAAGCCAAUCGUGAGCCUCACGUUUUCCUGUGACGGCCACCAUCUGUACACGGCGAACAGUGAUGGGACUGUGAUCGCCUGGUGCCGGAAGGAUCAGCAGCGCCUGAAGCAGCCCAUGUUCUGCUCCUUCCUGAGCAGCUAUGCAGCCGGGUGAGAGAGCACUGUGCGUCCUGAGCAGCUGAACUCCAGCUGGAUCUGUGGCUUCACCAGUGUUAGGAGGUUGAACCUGAAGAAACGGACGACCCAAGAGACCUUCCAAAUAAUUAUGAAGUCUAUUCAUGUGACAGAACCCUGCAGCUCACAGUCCUGAGAGGAGGUUUAGUUUGAGCGAGAGAGAAUCUGGAGGGUGGGAGCCUGCACUGACCAACAGCGCUGAGUCUGCACAGCAGGUUAAAGUCACUUUCUUCACAGUUUUCUACACAGUAUUGUAAAGAAAAGAUUACAGUCGCUCCUGCUAUUAUUCCAAAAGGGCAACAGAAUUUAAAUUGUUAGCAAAUUGUUUAUAAAAUACUCUAAAAGUUAUAUUUAUAAAUUUUAUGCCUAGAUAACUCCGCAGCCCCAGCCCCAGAAAAAGGAAAGGAAAGGAUACAGAAUUCAGGAUGUGAUCAUUGCUCCCUUUAAGAAGUAAACUGUUCAGCAGGUGCCUCUGCACCCAGCACUGUAUGGAAUAUCUCAGUACUGGAAACAGACGACUAGCAAAUCUCAGUAUUAAAAGGCAGUUUCUGCCAGCUGCCUUCUUAGCUAAAAAUAGAACCAGACUUUUCUGACAGCCACAAACAAGAACGGGGUCUUUGACGUCAGACACAUUCUGUGUCUCUAUAAAAAUCCUGCUUAAAACCCAUAACACUAGAUAUUGACUACCCUUAGUCACUAAGACUUAAACACAGUGAUAAUUCUCCAAACGUCUCCAUGUAGAGCAUUGAAAACUUACAGUCAGCAGGAGAAAGCUCCACUGUGCAGAAGGUUUGCGGACGUUAAUACUCCCAUCCGGACGAGACGUUUAGUCUGAUGUGCACGGAGGGGUUUCUUCCCCAAAGAAAAGGUGGCAACUUACUUUGUUUUAAACAUGAGGCUGAAUAAUUCCUGUAGGAGACAGUUUCCACUCUGGUUCUACUAACCUGCACCACCUGAGAAUUCAAGGGACAAGGGAAACCUCUAACUGUACGCCACAGCACACUCCCUAAAACUCUUGGGUGGUCUCUCUAGUGGUGUCACGGCUGUCUGUCCACUGGGGGCUGCUGCAGCGGCUUUGAAGACACUAAAAUAGCUAAGUAACGUGCUCCCGCAGGGUAAAAACGUGUUCCUGCCUAAGGAUCGUCAGAGCGCUUGUUAUGAAAAUUUGAUCAUAUGGUGUUUACAGAACUACUUUUGUAACUUCCAGACUUUCUAAAACAUUCUGUUAAAAACUGUAUAAAACACAAUUCCCAAGUCUCUGCAUCAGGAUCAAUACAAGAAGCAGCGAGUGGCUGUGCGCGAUGUGACCUGAAGCCCGCAUGGCGGGCGGCAGAGCAUCUCGCAGCUGCCUUCCGACCGUUUCCCACAGACCCGCUGCAGUCGGAGGUCCACACAGGUGCAGGGAUGACGCCAUUCCUAUUCACGUUGAAGUGAUUUUCUUCGUCUUAAAAAAAAUUGCAGCUAUUGUCUAGCUUUCAUUUUUCUACUGAGAACCUUAAAUUAGUCCCAUCAGAAUAGGGUUGCUACUCAGCCUUUUUUUUUUAAGGCUGAAUUUCAUCAUUUAUCUAAAGAGGAAAUAUGCAAAAUAACUGGUCUUGUUAAGAGUGCAAUAUUAUAUUUUUAUGUAAAAAUAAAGAUGAAUUUGGGGGGAUUAUUUAUUCAGCAUGAAACUUAAUAUGUACAUGUUUGAAACACCUCAUGAUGUGCAUGUUGUAGCAGACAUUUCUGUAAAUUACCACAAGCUCUUCUCUCUACACUGCCACUUCCAAUUGGGAAUAAAUUUCAUAGAAAUGGA